AUGAAGAUUGGAAAGAUUUAUGUUCUUCUCCUAGUUUUAUAUAUUUUACCCGCCGCAUUAGCUCAGCUCAGGGUCGGGUUUUAUAGCCAAUCAUGCCCUAAUGCAGAGACUAUCAUACAGAACUUGGUCAGCGAGCGGUUUGGUCGUGACCCUUCCAUCACAGCCGCCUUGACUCGGAUGCAUUUUCACGACUGUUUUGUUCAGGGCUGCGACGCUUCUCUCCUCAUAGACCCAACGACGGCGAAUCAAGAACCGGAAAAGAUCGCCGGGCCAAACGGCAGCGUGAGAGGGUUCGAGCUGAUAGACGAGAUAAAGACGGCUCUCGAGGCUCAAUGCCCCUCCAUAGUCUCGUGCUCUGACAUAGUCACGCUCGCCACACGUGACUCUGUCUUCUUAGGUGGAGGACCGAGCUACGUGGUCCCCACCGGACGACGUGAUGGCUUUGUGUCAAACCGUAUAGACGCCGAAAGGAUCCUCCCCGGACCAGGCCUCGCCGUUCCAGAUAUGCUUACGUUCUUUGGGAAUAAAGGGAUGAACGUUUUCGAUGCGGUGGCUCUUUUGGGUGCACACACCGUUGGGUUCGGUUCUUGUGGUAAUUUUGUGGACCGGCUCACUAAUUUCCAAGGAACCGGACAGCCCGACCCCUCUAUGGACCCCGGUUUGGCUGGCAGGCUAAGGAACACAUGUUCGGCUGGAGGCAGCCAAUUUGCGGCACUGGACCAGUCGACGCCAUUCUCAUUCGACAACUUAUUCUUCACUCAGAUCAGAGAAAGGAAAGGAGUCUUGCUACUUGACCAGCGGCUUGCGACCGACCCUGCCACUUCUGGUGUUGUGUUUCAAUACGCGGUCAACAACGAACUAUUCAAACGUCAGUUCGCAAUUGCAAUGGUGAAGAUGGGAGCCGUUGACGUGCUGACCGGUUUAGCCGGUGAGAUCAGGAGGAAUUGUAGAGCAUUCAACUAAAGCUCUUUAAUUAAUUAACCCGUUUCUAAAUCUGAUUUUUGAAUUGUUUUCUUAUUUUUUUUCUUUUUUGCUUCUGAUAAAUUGUGAAUGGUGGUGAUUGCUUGUUUACAUAAUUAUAUAUGUAUAUGUAUAUGUUUAAAAUAAGAUUUGGCGAAAUCGAUUUGAUAAUAACAGCAAUAUGUUAUUUUGGAUCGAACCUCA